ACAGAAACAAUCACCAAGCAAGCACUCAAGCAGCCAUGGCUGUUCCUCUUUCCCUCCCGUACCAUAGACCAUCCAUGGCUUCUGAAAAAUCUGGAUUAAGGAAUACCAGCACCAAUAAACUAAACGGCACUACAAACGGCAACCCAGUUCUAACACACCCAUGUCUUGUUCUGCUGGAUAAAUGCUCCAACAUGUCGGAACUCAAGCAAAUCCACGCCCAAAUGAUCAGGAUAGGCCUCAUCUCUGAUGUCUUUUCUGCCAGUAGAAUCGUUGCCUUUUGUGCUCUAGAGGAUUCGGGAAGCCUCAAUUACGCUCGUCUAGUCUUCACCCAAAUCCCCAAUCCCACCAACUUCAUCUGCAACUCCAUAAUUAGAGGUUAUACCAACAAGAACUUUCGCCGAGAAGCCAUACUCUUCUAUCGGGAAAUGAUCCAAGAAGGUCUCUUCCCAGAUAGAUUCACAUUUCCGUCAUUGUUUAAAUCUUGUGAGAAUUUGAACGAGGGGAAGCAGUUGCAUUGCCAUUCUGCCAAGUUUGGUUUUGCAUUGGAUUCUUACAUUCAAAACACGUUGAUGAACAUGUACUCAAACUGCGGGAGUUUAGUGUCUGCCCGACAAGUCUUUGAUGAAAUGGUUGAGAAAACUGUGGUUUCUUGGGCCACCAUGAUUGGAUCUUAUGCACAGAGUGAUCGCCCACUUGAAGCCCUGGAGCUUUUCCGCCGGAUGGAUUUCAAUAAGGUAAAGCCUAAUGAGAUUACUUUGGUGAAUGUUUUAACGGCUUGUGCAAGGACUAGACAUUUGGAAACGGGAAAAUGGGUUCACAAGUACAUGGAUGAGACCGGAAUGGGGUCUCAUGUGGUUCUAACCACGGCUCUCAUGGAUGUUUAUUGCAAGUGUGGUUGCUUCUCUCUGGCCAGAGAGUUGUUUGACAAAAUGCUCGAAAGGAACUUGUAUUGUUGGAAUGUAAUGAUAAAUGGACAUGUCGAGGAUAGUGAUUAUGAAGAGGCUUUGCUACUGUUCCGUGAAAUGCAACUUGAGGGUGUAAAACCAGACAAAGUGACGAUGGUGAGCUUAUUGCUGGCUUGUACCCAUUUAGGUGCUCUAGAGCUUGGGAAAUGGCUGCAUCUCUAUAUUGAGAAGGAAAAUAUCGAGAUUGACUUGGUUCUAGGAACAGCACUCGUGGAUAUGUAUGCAAAGUGUGGAAGCAUGGAGACUGCAUCAAUAGUUUUUCAACCAAUGCCUCAGAGAGAUGUUAUGACUUGGACAGCCCUGAUUGUUGGUUUUGCUAUGUCUGGGCAAGGGGAGAAGGCUUUGAAUAUUUUCUAUGAGAUGCAGAGGAGUGGGGUGAAACCCGAUUCAAUUACCUUUGUUGGUGUUUUGGCUGCUUGUAGUCACGCUGGCCUUGUAGAUGAAGGGUACUCACAUUUUGAUUCUAUGUCUAGCCUGUAUGGUAUUCAGCCUAGUGUGGAACACUAUGGGUGCAUGGUUGAUAUAUUAGGUCGAGCAGGCCACAUUGCUGAAGCAGAAGCAUUAAUACGAAACAUGCCAAUGCCACCAGAUAAUUUUGUGCUGGGAGGCCUUCUUGGUGCUUGCCGGAUUCAUGGUAAUCUUAAAGUUGCAGAGAGUGCAGCUCAACAACUUUUAGAACUUGACCCAGACAAUGGUGGAACCUAUGUGCUCCUCUCUAAUAUAUACAGCUCGUUAGGGAAGUGGGAUGAAGCUAAGAAAACAAGGGAACUCAUGGUAGAGAGAAACAUUAAAAAGCCUCCUGGUUGCAGUCUGAUAGAGGUGGAUGGAACUGUUCAUGAAUUUACCAAGGGAGACAAGUCUCACACUCGGUCUUCAGAAAUAAAUGACAUGUUGGAGGAUAUGUUGUGCCGCUUGAAGAUAGCUGGUUACCUUCCCAACAAAUCUGAAGUUCUAUUUGACAUGGGUGAAGAGGAAAAGGAGGAUGCCCUUAGUCGCCACAGUGAGAAGUUAGCAAUUGCCUUUGGGCUCAUAAGUACAACCCAUGGUACACCAAUUCGAAUUGUGAAGAACCUUCGGGUGUGCAGUGACUGCCACUCUGCAACUAAGUUCAUCUCCAGAGUAUACAACAGAGAGAUAAUUGUGAGGGACAGGAAUCGGUUCCAUCGUUUUAAGGAUGGAUCAUGUUCAUGUAAAGACUUUUGGUAAUAUUAUUCUUCUGUACAAUUCAUUCCUAUUUGUCGAUGUAGAAUACUUUGACCUACUAAAGCCAUGGACAAUGUAAUUAAGCUGAAUUUAUUCUAGUUACUUGAAU